AAGCAUUCACUAGCGGUUAUUGAGCACAGCUUGUUUCAAAUUGUUAGAAAGGAAUACUGGUAUUAAAUGUAUUCUAUUCCUAGAACUCUUCUGAAUGUAAACCAUGACAUGUGUAAUGUUGAGUUCUGUUAUACAUGGUGUACUGGUGAGGGUUCUAAUAUUAUAAAAGAGAGAUGCCCUUAAGGAUAUAUAAAGGUUUCUUUUUCAAGCAGAAGAUCAUCACAGGACACAGUGAAGAAUGUAAAGCUUUAGAGAACAGCUGCUCUUUUGAAAGAGAUGUUUCCAGUACCAAACAGAGAAGGAGUCCUUACCCCAGACUUACGGGGCUGAUUAACUUGGGAAACUCCUGCUACAUGAAUGCUGUGCUGCAGUGUCUCUCCGGCACUGCAAGCCUAGUCGAAUACCUUUUAUCCAGAGUAAACCAGGUAGAUUUAGCCAGAUGCAGGUGUGACGCUGUCUGUGCGUUCAUUACCCUUCUGACAGAAAUGUGGACAGGUGAAUAUGAGCACAUAUCUCCUGUGGAAAUAAGGACUGUCAUUGGAUCUCUGCACCCCCAGUUUGCCAGCAACACUCAACAGGAUGCACAGGAGCUUCUGCUUUACCUGUUCAAUAGACUGCAUGAGGUUCUAAAAAAAACCACUGUCAGAAAGCAGCCUAGAGGAAGCCUGAAGAGGCAGGAAGCUGGCAAAUCCUUUGAUCACUCGAGCGAGACCUCCAUCAUCACUCAUCUUUUUGAAGGGCAGCUCUGCUACGUCACGCUGUGUCUCCAGUGUGACAAUCAAACACGCACCGAUGAGGUCUUUACCAUUCUGUCCUUGCCCAUUCCUCCUGGAGCCUGUAGAUGUUCUCUUCUGGACUGCCUUGAGCUUUUUUUUCAGCAAAACACUUUGACACGGAAUAACCAGAUUCUCUGCUCCAGCUGUAGGAUAAAGCGAGACACUGCUGUUUUGACCAGCAUUUCCAAAGCACCUGAAAUUCUCAUCUUGCAUUUAAAGAGAUUCGAAGUGGAAGGACUUAAGAAAAGGAAAUUGCGGACUGAUGUCAGCUUUUCAUUGGAAAAUCUAGAUCUGUCCCCUUAUUUAUCAUCAUCCCCAUCAAGUCAUUCGAGAUACUACCUUUACGCAGUAGUGAACCACAGUGGCGAUUUAGACAGUGGGCACUACACUGCCUACCGCAAGAACGCUGUGACCCAGCGCUGGCACAGGUUUGACGAUGAGAUCGUCUCCGACAUCCCCAGCUACUUGAUCCAAUCUCCAAAUGCCUACAUACUUUUCUACACUUGCCAGGAUUUCCGGAUGCCCUGUCUCAGACUGAGUACUUCUUAAUCAUGCGUAAAAAAAUAAAUGUACCUUCUCACCCACCCCAUAAAACAUGUGCACCAUCCCAUUCUACUCUUUGCAUUUUUUAGGAAUUGCACCCCCCCCCCAAAACAAAUGAUGUUUGCACCUAUUGUAAAAUUUAAUUGGUUAUUCUGUGAGUUCAAGCAUCUAAAUGGGAUUUAAAUGUUAAGCUUUUUUUGAAAACAUUUGCAACUGUUCUGGGGUAUCUUUGAAAGGAUGAUUUUUGUAUUUGUUGACCUGUAUUUGUGGAUUGGGCAGUGUGUCUUUUAUGAUACUGGAAAUGAUGUAUGAUGAAUGAUGUAUGGAAGAGAUCCUAUCCCUACACCUUCCUUUCCUGACUCCCAGUCACACAGGAACACUUACUAGGGGGGCCAGGAAAUCAGAAGGCGGAAAUGAGAUCAGUCAUCGGCUUCAUUUUCCUCUGCCUAGAAACACCGAGACUGGAAAUGCAGAUAAAAUACGCAAAUGCCACCGAGAAUAAUUAACAGCAUCCUAAACGAUAAGUGGCUCCAUGGAAUGGAAACCGUUCCAUUACGAAAGUAUAUUUAUAAGCAAAUUGUCAUAAUAUACACAAUAAUAAAGAGGGACAGGCUUCCUAAGCUUUUGCUUCAGUGUAAUAUUUGUCUUUAUAGUCAACUUUUUAUAACACAUUUUAUUUAUAGUAUGCACACGUAUUCUGCUUAUUCCCCAUUUAACAACUGAAUCUAAGAGGAGGGUUUAAUGUAUAAACACAGUAUAUUCCUACUUUUUGGUUAAUUUUAAGAUAAACAGCAAGGCCCAAGUUGGAAGAUAAAACUGACUUUUUAAUAACCCAAUGGC